AUGUCGGAUACAUCCUCCGAAGCGGAUAAGGUCAGUGGAUUCGAUUUGAAAACUGAUCCGGAUGUCAAGAUUCGCAACAAGCGCCUUGCAAAACUCUCAAACCCAGUGCCUAGUGGGGAUGGAGGCUCCCAGUCAGCGCAGAGUUCGGCCCAUACCUCUCCAGCGCAAUCACCGCUGUCCGCACAGUCACCCUUAAGUUUUCACAAUGCGCCCCCUUCACAGCAGUCAGAAGGGAAACGGAUAAAGAUCACACCAACCGCCUCGUCACUAGAGCGACUAGAGCGACCACGACUCGCCGCCCCGUCUGCUCCCCCUUCUGCUCCUCCUUCUGCUCCUUCUUCCGCUCCUCCUUCUGCUCCUCCUUCCGCCCCAAGUACUCCCCCGCCGCAAAAGAUCGAGACGAUUGAGACAUUCGAAGAUCGGACGCUAAGCGCCGUGUUUAGACUGACCCUCAAGGAAGAAGGCCAGCGUGAUAUCCAUGGCAAGCGCAAAUACUUACCAGGCUUGCGGAACGAACUGCAGAAUGAGGGCCAAGACUUGCGCAUCCAAGUCUCCGCCCUGGACCAAGCCUUGCUGGAAGCUGCGACGCUGGCCGAGAGACAGCGGCCCCUAGAUUACUUGCUGCCGUGCUGGAAACGCAUCACCAAGUUGUCAAAAGGGCUGAGACGGACCGGAGAUGAUGACCCAAAAUAUCAGGUUUUGGUCGAGGCACGACGCUUGUGUAUGAGCUAUUGUAUCUUUGCAAUUACCAUGCCCGAGAUGUUUGGUGAAUGGACUCCGGAGUCAUCAUUGGCAUCCUAUCUUCUCGUGGAUCCGGAGGAUGACAGAGGAAUUGAUUUCGAAUUUAUGCAUGAGGCUGUCCGUCGAUUUGACGAAGACGAUACGAUAAAGCCUGCGUUCAUAUCUGCUGUUGAGCAGCUCAGCGUGCAGCUUGCCCAAAAGGACGUCAACGAUGACUAUAAGCCAUACUGCAUUGCUCUGCGGAAUCUUGUUCGUCAUGGAUCGAUUGCGGCGGCGAUCACAGAAUCGGAUUUCUUCAACCAUUCCAAGGAUCCUGCUCAGUUCGAGAAGGUCACUCUUCUGGGUCCUUGGUUCCGCCUGUCUCCUCUCCAGGCUAACGUUACCAUGACCUAUUUCUCCAGCCCUAAAACCCGUGAUCAAGGAUACAUCGCAAAUGCUCAGCGGUCACUCCGAAUGACACAGCAAUUGAUCAGCUCCGACCUUCUUGAUGUGAUCAACCACCUGAUUCGCGCUUCAAAAGAGGCUCGGGAUCGUGUCCUGGAUUGGUUUGCUGCUGCGAUGAACAUCAAUCAUAAACGACGUGCAAUGCAGGUCGAUCCUGAACUAGUAUCCUCUGACGGCUUCAUGUUUAAUAUCACGACCUGUCUUGAUCAGCUAUGCGAACCGUUCAUGGAUGCGGCGUUCACUAAAAUCGACAGGAUUGACGCGGAUUAUCUGCACCGAAACUCCCGAGUGGACAUGCGAGAUGAGACCAAGAUCAAUGCUGAUCAGCAUGCCUCUGAUGCUUUCUAUUCCAAGAAAGUGGAUGGUACCUCCAACUUCAUCACCGAAAUUUUCUUCCUAACCGUUGCCGCGCAUCACUACGGUAGUGAAUCUCUGACAUCUAAACUGGAGCAACUUGAAAAAGAUGUGCGACAGAUGGAGUCUACAAUUACUAAAUUUGAACUUGAGCGGCACCGCUGGCUGAACAACCCGGUUCAAUUACGCACAUUUGACCAGGCACUCAAGAAGUAUAAGGAUAAACUCGAUCUGGGAAUUGCCUUGAAGUAUAGUCUACAGGGUGUGUUGUUCGAUGACCAGUGGCAGGCACGCUCUAUGCUAUUCAUGCGAUACGUUACAGUCUGGUUACUCAGAGUCGUAUCAGGAAAGAACUUCCCCAAGGAACAGGUCAAACUUCCUCUCCCAGAAACACAGCCGGAGGUGUUCAAGUGCCUACCAGAGUAUUUCCUGGACGACAUUGUCAGCAACUUCAAGUUCAUCAUGUGGUGCAUGCCUCAAAUCAUUACUGCCACCCAAGGAGAUGAGCUGGUCAUGCUUUGCAUCACAUUCCUCGAAAGCUCUGCUUACAUUAAGAACCCCUAUCUGAAGGCUGGUCUCGUCUCAAUCCUGUUCCGGGGCACCUGGAAACGCCCUGGCGGCGCCAGCGGCGUGUUAGUAGACCUGCUAAACUCGAUGCCGUUUGCCAACGAACACCUACUUCACUCAGUCAUGAAGUUCUACAUUGAGGCAGAGUUCACAGGAGCACACACCCAGUUCUACGAUAAGUUCAACAUUCGUUAUGAAAUCUUCCAGAUCAUCAAGUGCAUCUGGCCCAACACCCUUUAUCGCCAGAAGCUGUCCAACCAAGCAAACCAGAACUUGGACUUUUUCGUUCGAUUCGUCAACCUUCUGUUGAACGACGUGACUUACGUUCUCGACGAAUCGUUUGGUGCUUUCAAGACCAUUCACAGCACCCAGACUGAGCUUAACACCCAAGGUGCUACGAUGGACGCUGCCACUCGCCAGCAGCGUCAAGAGCACCUUGCAUCAGCGCAGCGGAAUGCGAAGAGCUACAUGCAGCUGACCAACGAGACUGUCGCCAUGUUGAAACUUUUCACUGAUGCGCUUGCCGACUCCUUCACCAUGCCUGAAAUUGUCCAGCGUCUGGCAGAUAUGCUGGACUACAACCUAGACGCGAUGGUUGGAACCAAGAGUUCCAGCCUCCGUGUGGAGAACUUGCAGGAAUAUGGUUUCAACCCUCGAGCUCUCUUAAGUGAGAUCGUAGAUGUCUAUCUGAAUCUGACUGGUAAAGAGAACUUCAUUCUGGCUGUUGCUCGCGAUGGUCGCUCUUACAAACCGGCCAACUUCGAGAAAGCCGCUGAUAUCAUCCGAAAAUGGUCAUUGAAGUCCCCUGAGCAGCUCCGCCGCUGGGCCCUUCUUCAGAAGAAAGUGGUUGCUGCAAAGGAGGCCGAUGAUCAAGCGGAGGAGGAUCUCGGCGAGAUUCCCGAUGAGUUCCUCGAUCCCCUUAUGUAUACCCUGAUGGAUGACCCUGUCAUUCUUCCUGGCUCCAAAAUCUCGAUUGAUCGCGCAACAAUUCGUUCGCAUCUUCUGAGUGACCCUCACGACCCCUUCAACCGUGUCCCACUAAAGAUGGAGGAUGUAGUUGCUGAUACCGACCUCAAAGCCAAGAUCGAGGCAUUCAAACACGAGAAACUGGCUGGCAAACGUAAGGAAAUGGUCCACCAACAGACCGAACAGAUGGAUACAUCAUGA